GGCGGCACUGACUGGCACUGAUUGGUACUGAUAGGUGGCACUGAUUGGCAGCACUGAUAGGUGGCACUGACUGGCAUUGGUAGGUGACACUGAUGGGUGACACUGAAAGGCAGCUCAGAUGGGCACUGAUAUAUGGCACUGAUGGGCACCGGCAGGUGGCAUGGAUGAGCACUGACAGCUGGCACCGAUGGACACUGACAAGUGGCACUGCUGGGGCUACACAGAUCAUCAGGGCACACUGAUCAUCAGUGCUCUGAUGAUCUGUUUGUCAGCGUGACAGCUCGUGAAGAGAGAAAUGCCGAUAACUGGCA